CUUUGUGUUUCUGUGUGCUGCCGCAGGCUGCGGGCGGCGGGGAGGAAGCCGGCCCCAGGCCGGGCUCCGACACGCGGGGGGGCGACGUGAAGAGGACCCCACACGGAUACACAGGAGCGGUGGGGGAGCACACGUACGUGAACACACACGUGCCGUGCGCGGCGAGGGGGGUGACACAGCCCCCCCACAGAGACGCCUUCGACAUGAGGCCGUUUGAGGACGCGCUGAAGCAGCAGGGGGUUUCGCCCCCCCUCCCCGACAGGGGAGGGGGCUCCCCCACGCCCCCCGGCUCCUCCUCCCCCCCGCCUCCCCCCGCCACCGCCUCCUCCUCCAUGGAGGAGGCUCUGCGGCGCGAGCGCUGGUACCACGGCAAGAUGAGCCGGCACGACGCGGAGCAGCUCCUGCAGGAGGAUGGAGACUUCCUAGUGAGGGAGUCGAUGACGAGCCGCGGCCAGUACGUCCUCACGGGGCUGCAGCAGCAGCACGGCAAACACCUGCUGCUCGUCGACCCCCACGGAGUGGUGCGCACCAAGGACCGCCGCUUCGACAGCGUCAGUCACCUGAUUGGCUAUCACCGUGACAACCAGCUGCCAAUCAUUUCAGCCGGGAGCGAGCUGUCUCUGAAACAGCCGGUGGAGCGCCAGACGUGACGGUGUCACCCGCCUGCCGUGCAGCGCACUCACACGUGACCAUCACUCACACGUGACCAUCACUCACACGUGACCAUCACUCACACGUGACCAUCACUCACACUAGACUGCUAUACACACACACACGUGUAACAAUUUGUCACACGUGACCACCGCUGUCACACAAGUGACGGCCACUCGCACAUCUGACUACCACACUCAUACGCGACUACACACGAGUGUAACGGUUGGUCACACGCGACUACCUCUUACACGACUACCACAAGCACAACCACAAUUACACGUGUUGUGCAAGGCUGUGGCUACUACUUCACACACGUACGUGUGGCGCUCAAACUGCUACACUGACACCCGUGACACUAACUGCUACACACAUGCAACGCUGUAAAUACACGCGUGUGACUCUUUAACCGUGCACUGUCUAAACCAUCACUCGGUCACUCCAUCCCAGACUCUGAGCACAAGCGGUCCCGGCCUGCCGGAGACGCGAGGGGGGGUGGUGUGUGCCACGCGGCUUCUGCGAGUCCUUUAGGAGUGAAAUAAGUUGGUUUCCGUGGGUCUCUAAAAGGCCUCUAACAGUGUUGCAGUGGUUCCCAAACUGUGGGGGUCGUGGGAGAUUAUCAUGGAUUGAGGGUCAAGGGAACAGUGAAAGUACAUAUUUUUUUAUUUUUAAAUUAAUGACAAUACAUCUCGUUCCUGAAAAAGUGAACGAGAUUACUCCCCGCGCGUGGUUAUUCUGCUGCUGCUGGUAUGGUGUGGUUUGCCGUGUUAACCGCAGUGCUUCUCAACAACCUCUCUUGCUCAAACUUUCGAGUUCUGCUGCAUCUCCACGCCGCUGUCCACAA